GUCGGCGUCGCCAGAAAGCAAGUACGUAAAAUAUUGCCUUUUUCUAGUUCUAUCAUUUAGAAAAAUAAAAAUCGGGCACCGAAAUUCCCGCUACGGCCCUGUCGUCCAAACAUCACCUGUUGUAUUUCGUGUCGCGUUGCCAGAAAGCAAGUACGUAAAAUACUGACUUUUCUAAUUCUAUUACCACAAAACCCAAAAUUAAUCAAUUGUAAAAAUAAAAAUCGGGCCCCAAAAUUCGCGCUCCGGCCCUGUCAUCCAAACGUCACCUGUCACUUGUCAAAACCUAAACAAACCCAGUUCAAAGGGCAAGGGCCGUGCGGCGGCCUGUUUGUUUAUCCAUUCUUGGAAUGAUAAGUAACACUGUCAUUCAGCAGUGUUGCUUCUUUUUCAACAAACUCACCUCUUUGGACACAUGGAAAAGGAUAAAAUGGAUGAACAAAAAAGCCCCGCCGCAAGAAGCUUACAAUCCGACACCCAUCGAACACAUCGCUAAUGUGCUCACCCAUGGCGUAUGGGUCAUACCCAGCGUCCUCGCCACCCUUGAACUCCUCGAACGGUCCCGAAAUGGGGCUCAGACUAUGUCGGCGCUGGUUUAUGGGGCCACACUGGUGUUCCUCUUCAGCGUUUCUACGUCGUUCCAUUGCUGUUUUUUCUGCAACCAGCGCGGGAAACUUAAGGAUGUCCUCCACCGUUGUGACAGGGCUAUGAUUUAUGUCUUCAUAGCCGGCUCCUAUUUCCCCUGGCUGACCCUCGAGCAGUUGCCCCAGGACGGUUGGGCUUCCUUCAUGAAUUGGUUUGUUUGGCUUUUGGCCCUUUUGGGUAUCAUUUACCAGCAGACUUUCCACGAGAAAUACAAAACUUUGGAAACUUGUUUCUACCUGAUUAUGGGGAUCGGCCCCGGCUUGUUACUAAUCUCGGAGCACGAAUUUUCCGGACUGACGGAGUUGAAAAUCGGCGGUGCUCUCUACGUAUUGGGUGUGAUGUUUUUUAAAAGUGAUGGGGUUAUCCCUUGUGCUCACGCAAUUUGGCAUUUAUUUGUCGUAAUGGCCGCAGGGGUGCAUUAUUACGCCAUUCGAAAUAAUUUGUAUCCAAUUAACAGUUUUUUGUUGAAUAAUUAAGUACAAAAAUGCUCGAAUGAGUGUCUUCCGUCUGUUUUAACGUCGCUUUUGUUAUGCAAGACGAAAAACUGCUCAAAUGAUUGCUCGUCAACAAAAUACUCAAGUUGUCUCUUGUUUCCGCUGAAAUAUACCUAAAGAAGUAAUAAGGGAGUCAAGUUUUUCUGUUUUUACGAAAAACUACUUUAGGUUUAUUUCUUAUACCGAUCUUGUGAUUGUAUACAAUAAAAAUCUCAUUUUACCAGUGAUGUAUUCUUCCAAAGAAGCUCCACUAUAAUUGUAAAUAAAUUAAUUCAUAUGUG